GCUUCUUUCAUAGCCACUACGAGCCGGGGAGUAUAAAACCUGCGAGCUCACGCCGUUAGAGCAUCAAUCCUUUCAUCCAGCUUCAGCUCUGCUAUCUGCUCCUUGUGGAAUUACUAAACCAGCAUCAUCAUGACUCUCGAGGAAGUUGUCAUCCAGAAGCCCAGCGAGAGAGUUCAGUGCACUGGAAAAGCACUGGAAGAAGUUUUGUUUUCUGCCAAAGCGAACGACUGCCUUACCAUUGGCGUUUACGAAUCUGCCAAAGUUAUGAAUGUUGACCCAGACAGCGUGUCUUUCUGCGUCCUGGCGAUGGAUGAGGAGUUCGAGUGCGACAUUGCUCUCCAAAUCCACUUCACUCUCAUCCAAGCCUUCUGUUUCGACAACGACAUCAGCAUCGUCAGAGUGAAUGACAUGCAACGUCUUUCUGAGAUUGUUGGUGACAAUGCUGAACAAUUUGAGGAUGCUCACUGCGUUCUUAUUACGAAUUGUCUUAUUCUCUAA